GUACGCGCAGGUAGGGGUUAGAAGCAUGGCGGAAGAAGAGGAGUUUGAUGUAGGGAGUCUGAGGAAAGAACUGGAAUGGAUAGAGAGCGAGCUGCGGAUGUCCCUGGGUCAAGUCACCGCGUCCAACGAGUAUUGCCUGAAGUUUUGUCGAGUAACUGAAUGGCACGCUGGGAGAUGGCAGGUGCCGUUGCCACUAGUUCAAGUGCUUAAAAGUGCUAUUUGCUGUUUUACCAAAGCAAGACCGCUUCUCGCUCCAGAAUGUGAACAUAUCCAAUAUGUCUUGAGCCGGCUGGCAUUGAGCUGCUUUGAAGUAUUGCUGUAUUGUAGGGAGGAUGACUCGUCAAAAGAAUUCUGGGAAGGAUUUUUAAAAACUAUUCAGGAGUGUCACAAUGUUUUACAAACUGACUUAAAUACAGAAUUUGAUGUACUAAACAGGAUGAGUAGAAAUGGAGGUCCAUGGCAAAGUCAAGUACUGAUGUCCAUCCUUAACCAAGAGUUAGUAACUCAGGAAUUAGUAAAUGAAUACUUGGGAUCAGAAUCGCCAGUGUUCUUUGAAUAUAGAGUGAAAUACUUGAUGAAGUACAAGCAUAUUGGAGAAGCAAUGACAUUGACCAAAUACUGUGUAAAUCAUCCUCAAACUGGCACAAACAAGUAUUUUCUCCACUUAUUUUUAACAUGGCUAUGCCGCUCCUCACCAGAAGAAAUCUUGCUGCAGGAGAUUGCCAGAAUUGACUGCCAAGAAGCCCUUGAUGUUAUUUGCAGAUUGGAUUCAGAAGGGCAGGUGGAAUUAGCUUGGAUUUUGUGUGUGGCAUUCCUUACUCAACAGCUAAGAAAUGGAAACAUGUAUUGUACAAGGGAAUUGAUAUUGGUGUGGAGCAAGCUGCAGCUGAAACUUGAUGCAUCCAAGCAACACUUUCUAGAGAAGUGUCGUCACCUUUUACUAACAUCCAGAAAUGUCAAUCAUAUCUUCCUCUUUAUUAGGGUUAUUCAGAAUGAGGUCGGAGCUGAAGGCUUGCAAUUCUGUGUAGAGCUCUGUGCACGUGCUCUGCGGAUUGAUUACCAAGAUGAACCAAAUACUAAAACUUUAGUGUGUAAAACACUCUCAUAUCUGCUGCCAAAUGAUUUGGAUUUCUGUAGGGCUUGCACUAUUACAGUUUUUUUCUCUGAGUGUACAUUAGAAUCUUUUCAUGCUGUUGAAAAUCUGUACAGUCAGCCAGAUCAGCUAUACACUGAAGAUACUAGCUCGGUUCCAAGUUUCCUGCGCUGCGAGCUGCUGCUUGUUUUAAAAACCACCUGGCCUUUUGAUCCAGAAUUUUGGGACUGGCGAAUUUUGAAGAAAAAUUGCCUCGCUCUAAUGCGUGACAAAGUGGCCUUAAUUAAUGCACGUGGAUGUCAGCUCAUUGUGAAGCAUGGAGAUAGCUUGUCGUCUAGUGGAAAUACAGAAAUCAAGACUAAGGAAAAACCUACUAAAAUGUUGCAGCUAAACCCAGAUGCACCCAGGGCAGAUGGCCACGUUGCCUCAAUGCACCGCUGCGUGUUGUGCAAAAAGGAGUUUCUUGGUGGGCACAUUGUACGCCAUGCACAAGUUCAUCAGCAAAAAGGUGCCUUUUCUUGCCUAAUUUGUGCAAGAAAGUUCAGGUUGAGGGGACAAAUGCUGAAGCAUUUAAGGACUCAUGUGAGGAAGCUUCGAAAGCAAGAGCUUGCUGCUCAUACAAAUGCUCAAGAAUCUUCUAGUGUUACUGCUGGUUUGCAGGAAACCUGUACACUAGUAAAUGGAAUUCUUGAUAAUGGAAACAGAUCAACGACUUCAGAAUCUGCUAGUGUAGACGAACAGAGUAACUGCAAAACAUUAACAGGAGCUGAGGAUAUUAAAGUUAAUGUUGCUGAUGUUCCAAAUGAGCCACACUGUUCAACUGGUCUAGAUGGAGCACAGAACAAGAAUUUGAAAACUCAGGAAGAUGCUAACCAAGAUGUUGCUCCUCAAGCAAAUGAUGAUAUAGUUGAUCAAGUGACAAAAGAAGCGUUUAGUUCAGAUGCAGCUACUGUUCCUACCAAAAAGAAAAUGAAGAACUGUGUUCUUACUAAACAAAGUUUCACAGGGCACAAAAAUAAUGGAGCUCUAUGCAGACAAGAACAGGUGCAAGAUGGUUCUGUUUCAAAAGACAAAGCAGUAAAUGAGAGUGAAAGUGAAGGUUUCCUUUCUUGUCCAGGCCAUGGUUGUUCAAAGGUCUUCACCAAGAUACAGUUUCUGACUAAGCAUGCACGGAAAUGUCACUCCUCUGAUGAAAAUGUGCAAGAUUACCUAAUGAAGUGGUAUAAGGGCAAGUGCCGUUAUUGCCAAAGAAAAUUCAUGUAUUCCCAGCAUUUAAUUGACCACCUAAAAAGACAUCAGUAUCCUAAAUUAUAUUUCUGUUUACAAUGCGACUGUAAUCAGACGUUUAAAUCUGCUUCAGAACUUGCGACUCAUACCAAGGGUCAUGAAGCUUUUCAAGCACAGUGCAGCUUUCGUGAUUGUGACAAAUUGUUUGAUGAACUCGAUAUGCUUUAUGAGCAUGAGGCACAACAUUACUUAAGCAGCAAACCUAUCCGAUUCACUGAAUGUGAUAAAAGAAAUUUUCAGACAAGCAAAGUACUGAGCCACCGAGCAAAAGCAAGUGAAGAUAAAUGCUUAAAACAUGAACAGAAUGCUGUAGAAUUGCUUGUUCCAUUGUGGAAGUCCCGAAAAGAAUUUUCAGAACCAAAGACCUACCUUCACAGUAUGGUUAGCAAACAAAGUGGAAAUCAAAAUGGAAAUGGCAUGUUAAAUGAUACCGUGCAUGCUUCCGUUGAAUCAGAUCAGAAAACCUUGGUUGUUGAAUCAGGCAGCAUAAAUUGUUGUAUUAAUAAUGAACAAAUAGUAAAUGGGCACAGUACACUGAAAGAGACUUUGAGUGAGUCAAAUACAAAUCCAUUUUACUCAGGUGAUGUGUCAAGUGAUAGGAUUGCUGAUUCCGAUAAGACCAGUCUUUCAGCAGAUGCUUCAGGCUCAGGGUCUACAUCAGUAGUGUUGCAUAACAAUGUUUCGAAAGGUGUUGUAAGGGAAGAAACCGCAACAAUGUCACAGAAUAGCAGCAAUCUGUCACAGCAAAGUAAGGUUCCUUCAGUUUUGCAAUCAUCCUCUAGCCAAGAGCAGAAGAGUAGUAGUGGUAGGGAAGAACAUAAGACUUAUGGCAGACCACAAAAGUACUACAGACCACAGCCACCAAGCUACCUAGAUGAACGAUAUAUCAGUAUGCCAAAACGAAGGAAGUUAGCCACAGACUCAAAUCAUCCUCCCAGUUCACAUGCGAAUGCAGUUAAUGUGAAAAAUGAACGACACAUAUGUCGGAAAUGUUUCAUGAUCUUCAACAGCAUUGAAACAUUGGAAGGGCACAACACCCAGGAUAAUUGUAGACCGCUCUUUGUAAUGGAAUCAGAUAGUGACUAGGGUGACUAGGAAUGCCUUUAAGAGAACGGCCAUAGUCAAGCUAGGAAAUCAAUUUACAGUACUGUACAGAGUUCAUCUCAGCUUAAUCAAAGUGCCAUGUAAGGUCUAUAGGCUCAGCACAGAAAAAGGUCAAAGAAGACAAAAUAUCAAACAUACAUGUUUGAGAAGAACACCAAAUUUAAAAGCAGUAGCGCUUAUUCACCAAGUGCUCCUACGCUGAAGAACCAUGAAGUGUGGAGAAACCUGUGAUACAUUGUAGAAAUGGAUACGAGGUGCAGAACCUUCAGAAACAUGUGAACUUUGGUCUUUCCACAUCAAAUUGAAAACUAAGUGCAGUACAAAAAGGGCAGUGAUCUAACAGCACAAUAGAAGAGAACCAGAAGACUUGUAUGGGCUAUAUCUUGUUGGAGCAUCUUACGGCCUGCACUGUUUGUUAGACUUUUUCCUGCAUCCUUCAGUUUGAAUAUGAUUUGCGCAUUAACUUGCUGGAAAUGAGCUAAUGACAGGGCAUCUUAACAACAGUGUAUCUCAAUGAAAUUUAAGGACUAAGAAAUAAACAGUUAUAACAGAGAAGGAGGGUAUGUGAAUUUGAGUCAAAUCAGGUGCAGAGGUGAUAUAAAAAGAAAGAUUGGAUUGAUUGGGAGGGAAAAAAGGAAAAGUAAGAAAAUAAAAUUCAAAUUUGAUUUUUUUUAUAUCUCUAAAAAGUUACUACAAGCAGGAUUGAGACUCAACCAUUUAAAUUAUUUGCUUUCUGGGCCAGAGAGAUUGACAUUGCAUAAACAAUUAUCACAUCAUUAAUAAGGUACUUUGAGUCCUAACUAAAUGGCAGGUUUAAUGGACAAUUAAUGUGCAAAUCCAGCAAGUUCUUAAUGAGAAGAUUAUGGGUGAGAUAUUGUUUCAAGUGAGGCAAACAGUAGCGUGGGAUAAAUUGACCAAAAUGUUUUGGAAAUUCACAACUUAAUGGUGUACCAUCUUCUGAACGCUGGCCAAUUUGCGCACUAAUAAUACCAUGCAUCCUAAAUGCACCAUUAUUUUUCCUGGAAAAUUUAGUCCAAUGAAAUGACCUUAAGCACAGGUGCAGCAAAUCCAAGUUAGUUAAGUACAGUUGAAGAUUUCAUUAUAAAAGCUGAAGUGGAGUUAUUCAUAUAUAUGCUUGGUUGUCUUCCAAAACAACACGAAGUUGAAGAGCUUUUGCUCUUCCGCAUGUGCUGAAGAAAUGAGAGAUGAACAAAAAGUUCAAAGUUGACUAGCAUAAUGUGUUUUUUUUUCUAAGUGCAUUAUCUUCUAUCUUGAUAUAAUAAGGGUAUUGACUAUGUACAUAUUACGAUUGUUUAGGCUGUUAUAUUAGUUAAACACUGGACUUUGACUCCCAGUUUUUCAAUAUUAGAUUUUAACGUUACUUUUAUAAGGCAUCCAGCAUAGCAUGCACCUCGGUAUAACAUGCAAAAUGCUUAGCUCCUAAAGACUUGUUUGCAUUAAGGAUGUAGUGUAAUUUCAGGAUUUUUGUUUACCUCAAGAAACAGCGUGCUAAACUUUUAGUCUUAAUGCACUAAAAUAGCUCUUGCAAAGGCUUUUCAAAUCUGAACAUUUUGUUCAUCUUACAGAAAACUUCCAAAGUGGAAUUAGACAAAUUUAUGGAAGAAAUUACAAGCAUUCUAUUCCUAAUUGAUGUUUGCUUCCAAUAUGAAAAUGAAAAGAUAAUCUGACAAUAGUCACAUAUGAAAUUUGACAACUCAAAUGCCACAGGAUUGAAGGAAGAUGAAUGAACAGCCUGCCACAAAAAUUAAAAUGAUAAGGAUGUUCCUAGUCAGUGCAUUACAAGAAUUGAAAAAAGCAAUAAUAACACAUCUGAAGGUGAUAUGCAAAAAUCAAGUUUCUUCAAUUUACACAGAAAACUCACUACUUGGGCAAAUAGGCCCUCAGCUCAAAUGCCUUAUGUUGAGUGCAGGGAGAUCCUUAGCUGCAAAAGAGUGCAGGAUAUUAUUUUAAAUUAAUCCAUUAGAAAUGUUAUUACUUUGCUUUACAUUACGUUCAAUGAUCUCUGAUCUGCAAACCUAACAACAGAGUAUCUGUAAUGACAGUUCAUCAACUAAAACGUCUAUGGCAUUGCUCUGUGCUGACUUAUCAAAGAAUUUGUAUUUGAGAUUGGUAAAUGAAGCUGCAAUGCAAACAAAGGGCUAAAUGCACCAAACUCUUGAAAAUUUUGGAGAAUCAACCUUUUCAGAAUGUUGAUUGGGAUCAUUUUGAUGAGUUUGAUCUCAGUUUUAAGGUUAUAGGUAUAAAUCAUUGUAGAUGCAGAGCAAAAAAGUGAAUGUUGGUGUUCUAUUCAUGAAGGAAAGUUCUUUGUCUCAGCAAAGGUCAAAUUCAGGACCAAGAUCAGUGUUUGUCGAUUACAUUCUGUUACUGAAUACCAUCACUAUACACAUGGUUGGUGCUUUGAAUGGGAGCAGAGGAAUAAUCGCUUCUGCACAUUUAGUUCUGGACAAGGUAUACGUGUGACCAUAAAUUUUGGAAACAUAUUAGAGUUACUAUUUGAAAAGAUGACCACCAUGACAAGUUAAUCUGAGAGCACACCUUUUAUUUUAAAUUAUUCUCUGGUACAUAGACAUACAAUUGUGUGUAAUGAAUUGCAGCACAGUGCAAUUUUGAUUUCUAAUGGCUUCUUGUUAUGAAGCUUUUGUCAGUCAACAUUUAUAGUUUGUUUUGCAUUCAUCUUGAACAGGCCUACUGGUCUGACAAACUGCAUGCAAUCCAAUAAAUUUUGAAGACCAGGUUGUUCUUUACAUUUCCACAUUUUGGAGUGGUAGCACCCACCGUACUGUGUGAUUGUUUUCACAUCAGUCAAUAUUGUCUGCAUUGUGUACUACUUGAUAAGCUAUUUUUGUAUCAAUGCUAAAAUGAACACUUAUAUGAAAAUCAGGUAUGAACAAAGGUCAGUUUGGCCUGUUGAGCUCUGGUCUUUAGCAGUGUUUUUGCCUUUUUUAAUAAAAGACCUUUCCCCGUGUAAGGCAAAAGGAACAUUGCAAGUGGAGAAUUUAGGGAAUUCAUUUCUGAAGCAUGCUUGAGUCCAGUUGGGGUUGUAAUAACUUGUGGAAAGGUCACAGAUCCCAUUAAAACCUAACUAUCCUAAAUCUUGAUGGCAUUGAAAAUUUGUAUUAAAUUCCAUGCAUCUAAAUUCUGUAUUUGGGCCUUUUCCUACUAUCUCAUUGAGUAUGGUCUUAAUAUUAUCCAGGUUUAACAUCUGUGCAUCAAAACAAGCUAGAAAAUGCUUCCUAUUGACAUUAGUUGCCAAUAGUGAAUAUAGUAGCUAUGUCUUAGAUGUGGUGGUAAAUGGCCUUUGUAUAAAGGUGCACAGAAGUAAAAUACAGAUUCCUGAGUAAUGGAUUACACUAUUUGAGGAUAUGAUGUAUCUGUUGACAGUUACUGUUGUGUCCUUUACUAAAAUAAUAUACAACUACUGUUUUAAGUAGGAAAGUGUAAAUGAGAAAAUAUUUUUAAUUUUUGCAAUCUGGUUUAUUAAUAAUGUAAAGUUUCCUACAAAACUUCCUGUCCUUAAGGGGGAAGUAAAGAUUAUGAACAAGCAGUCUUCUAAAAUUUAGAUGGGUUAUAUGCAGAUACCUUGUACAGGCAGCAUUGCUUGGGAUAAUGCAAACAAUUACUGAUCAUAAUAAAUUGCCCAUCUGUGCAUUAUACAAGUAGCAGUUCAGUUUUUCAUUUAAGGCACUUUGAAGUGCAUUUGUCAUUCUCAGGUCAUUUUUCUGGGAUUUUCCAUCACAGCAUUAUUUUCUGUUAGUUUUGCGAUGAUUUGAAAGUAAGCUCAUUUAAAGAAUAUUUAUUUCUUUUCUUUAUUAAAAUAAAGGCACUGACAACAAAGGGAGGAAAGCCUUAUUGUGGUAUCAAUGUUUCUUAUUCUUUUUAAACUGAAAUUGAAAAAUAUUUCCACACAAGAUUAAAUACACUUUGAAAUGUUAACUUUUGCACUUUUCUCUAUCGAUUAUUUGUAAUGGAACUAUUUAAAAUUUGGUUUAGCAAGUAAUACAUUUUGUGCUUCUUGUUGAACAUUUGUACGUUAUUCUACUUUUGUGCUUGUUGACAUAAAGCUGAGCCAUGAUUGAACAGCAGUCAUUCUGGUGGAUAUGGCCUAGAAAGUUUAAUUCUGAUGCAGUUCUGAAAAUAUAAUUUGAAGAAUUAGGUUUUUUUGUACAUUGCCUGAAUUUAUUGAUUAAAAAUCACUGUUGUCUCUA